AUGGACCGCCUGCACCAGGACCUGGCGACGCUGCCUGCGCUAGCGCAGCUGUCGGCGUCACAGCUGCGCGAUAUGCCGUGGAGAGUCAAGGAGAUGGUGUUUAUAGUUCUCUUCCGAGAGCAAGUCUCUUCGAGUGUAGUGGCGGAUGAGCUGCAAAUCAAGAGCAGAGACCGCAAACUUGAGCGCAAGGCAGACAAAUUGCUCGACGACGUAGAUCGAGUCGUGGUACGGAAGAAGGAGGAAAGCUAUCGAGCAGACUUUAUGCAAGUAACAGCUGCGGAACUGGCGAGACUGGGUGCACCAGCGCUAAUUACGUGGCAGAAGCUUGUGUUUGAUAAAGAAUGCUGUGCUCAAGCAUUUCGACAUUUGCUCACGCGGAUCAAAUCGUCGCGACGGAGUGCGGCAAGUGGGGUCAGUACCAAUAGCUCUUCACUACUUGCCGCGCGUUAUGCUGCAUCGCGUCAGAGCACAAGAUGUGAAAGGGACGACAAUGCACAAGACGAUCCGGGUAUUUCAAUCGAGCGGACACUUCCAAGCAAGCCAUCGUACUUCGCAUCGAAGUUUAAGAAGAACUUAAUGCAGAUUUUACAGGAAGAAAACGCCGCGUUAACGAGCGAGAACGUUAAACUGCGGGAAGAAAUCAAGCAACUAGAGGCUCUAAACGCCGUGCUCCAGUCCGAUAACUCUAACAACGGAAUGCUGGAUGCUCAUCUGGACUCCGUAGAGUUCGCACAGAAGCGCAUGAGACUAUUGCAAGCACAGAACAUGCAGCUUCAGCGACAAGAAGAAGCUAGAGCUGGCGCCGAACAGAAUACGACUGAACCAGAAGAAACUGGAGCUCGACAGCCGGUCAAGUGGAUGUUGGCUGUACCUGAUAAGCUCAUGAACGAACUGACGCGUGUAGAGGCACAAAUCCGAGGCGCAGCUACCGCUACGAACGUCUGCUAUGAGUCAAAGCUCCGUGUCAGUGACGUGUCAGUCUCAUUUUUACGUAGCGAGGACAAGUCGAUGAAGAUAAAUGCGCUCUACACUGGAGCGCCGUUAAGUAUCGCGCAUCUGCGAGUUGAUAGAGUGAAGCAACUAGAGAGUACGCUGGCUGCUGUAUCGACACAACUGGAUGCUCUGAGCGCUCAAGUGCUGCAGCAUUGUCCUCCGAAAGUCUCAACUAUUGACCCUCUACGUUCGAGUGCGUAUGAACUGGGACGAAGUAUACGGGAUUUGCUUCUCGAAGUUGCAGCUUUUGGUGUUGUGGUGCCAACGUCAACUCGAAAUGCAGCAAAUGACGACGGUGUAACAGCUGGAGAUAUUAUGACGACGUUAUCGUCCAGUGCAAGAGGUCUUGGGGGUGGGAAAGAACGCGAGAGACAAGCGAAGACGAUGCUGAAGCAGCUGCAUGCUAGAUAUACUGCUGUUGAGAACGACAUGAUGGCUGCUCGGAGAGAGGCUGAAUACUGGCGAGCCGCAUGGUGUACACAGGAUGAGAUUCUACGUAGGUUGGCCAAACGUGUACACAAUCUUGGCCAGAAGAAAGUGGAGUGGUGUCGACGUUAUUUGUUGGCUCCUAUGGCGAAUUUGUCAGAGGUGUUUACAUCUUUCCAGCAAGUGUACGAUGAGAACACUAUAUGGAACAUCCAGUGCUGCAAGAUGCAUUGCAACAAUGGCGAGAUUAUUCAGAUGAUGUUCAAGUGA